UCAUAACCAACUGACUGCAACUGACUGCCAACGAACUUGUGAAAGACCUUCUCUACGAGACUUCGAACAAUAAGUGAUAUCAUGGAGCAUCAAAUCAUCUCUUUCGUCAAUUGAUAUAAUUUGAUACAAAAUUGUCGUAUUAUCAAAGAUUAACUGAUGUUCUCCCAGGUGAAGUGUGAUCAGUUGACGUAGUUACAACGAUAGCAAUUUGAAUCAUUACGUACAUCAAAAAUUACGUAAGACGACAAAUACUCGAGUAUAGCGUAUAUUCACACAGAACCGGUUGUGAGUUCACUAGAUCAAAAUGAAGAUGUCGCUAUUGAUUUUCUUUGUGAUUUUGGCUUUUGACCAAAUUGCUAGCAGUUACCGAAUUCUUGGUUUGUUCCCAUUAAAUGGCAAGAGUCAUUGGAACAUGCAAGAAGUACUGAUGAAAGGAUUAGCGAGACGCGGUCAUCAAGUAGAUGUGGUCUCGCAUUUCCCACAGAAGAAACCAAUACCUAAUUACAAGGAUAUCAGUCUAAAAGGCACUACUCCAGAAGUUACGAACAAUAUGACCGCGACACAAGCACUAAGCUUCUCCACUCCAUCUGUAGCCGCUUUGGUUCAGCAAGUCGGAUCCAUCACUUGCAAUCUGUUCAGCCUUCCAAAGAUACAAGAGCUGAUCAAAAACCCGCCGCAAGAUCCUCCUUACGAUAUCGUCAUUAUAGAGCUGUUCGCAGCUCCGUGCUACAUGGCCUUCGGCCGUCAUCUCAAAGUACCCAUGGUCGGCACGGUAGCUAGCGUUUUCCAUGAUUGGCUCUCUGAGGUGUCCGCCAACCCGAUGAAUCCAUCUUAUAUCCCGAAUAUGUUCUCGGGAUACAGCCAACACAUGAAUUUCAAGGAACGUUUGACAAAUUUCCUAACAACCCAUUAUCUCUCUUGGGAAUUUCAUUAUCAUACAAAUAAACAAUUGAAAUUGGUAAAUGAGCACUUCGGCAUGAACUUGCCACAUAUCACGGAUUUAUACAACGAUAUAUCUUUAUACCUGGUCAAUUCUCAUCACUCGUUAAAUGGAAUCAGACCGAUGGUCACUAACGUGAUCGAGGUCGGUGGUCUGCAUCUCAGCGACGAGGGUGAUCCGCCGUCACCGGAAGUGCAAAAAUGGUUGGACGAAAGCAAGGAUGGCUGCAUCUACUUUUCAUUCGGUUCUAUGGUGAGGAUUGAAACUUUUCCUAAGGAACUGUUGCAACAAAUUUACGCAUCUUUCGAGAAAAUCGCACCGGUUCGUGUACUGAUGAAGAUCGUAAAAAAGGAAGAGCUAUUACCAGGUUUACCGAAGAAUGUCAUGACGCAAUCGUGGUUCCCACAGAUCGCCGUUCUCAAGCAUAAAAACAUACGAGCUUUUAUUACACAUGGCGGGCUUCAUUCGACACAAGAAACAAUCUAUUGCGGAGUUCCUAUGAUUGGAAUUCCCCUAUUUGGCGAUCAGCGUGUCAACAUUAAAAAUUAUGUUAAUAAAAAGGUGGCUAUUUCGUUGAAUUCAGUAAACAAUGUUACUGAGGAGAAAUUAACUUCGGCAAUAAAUAACAUUCUGAAGGAUUCCUCCUAUCGUGAAAAUGUCCAAAAACUAUCGAAGCUGUUCCUCGAUCGACCGAUGGGGCCCUUGGAUACAGCUAUAUUUUGGGUGGAAUAUGUAGCGAAAUUCGGAAACGUGCUUCAAUCACCAGGAAUUAAACUCAAUUGGUGGCAACGGAAUCUAGUGGAUAUUUACGGCUUUAUAUUCACCGUAAUUAUUAUAGUGCUUUAUAUCGCGCUAUUUAUUCUCCGAAAAUUAAAGAAACUCUUGUUCGGAUCGGGCGCUUGUGCAAAGAAGGACAAUGCAGCAAUGAAAUUGAAGAAGAAUAAGUGAACAUGCCGUA